AUGUUGUCUAACAACAGUGCCGCCUCCUUCUUGCUGGCUGGCUUCCUGGGCUUAGAGACAAUUCAGCAUUGGAUCUCUAUUCCCUUCUUUGUCAUCUACUUCUCCAUCCUUUUUGGGAAUGGCACACUCCUUGUCUUCAUUUGGAAUGACCACAGCCUUCAUGAGCCAAUGUACUACUUCCUGGCUAUGCUGGCAGGCACGGACCUUGGGAUGACACUCACUACAAUGCCCACAGUCCUGGGUGUCCUGGUGCUAGACCAGAGGGAGAUUGCACAGGCUGCCUGUUUCAUUCAGUCCUUCUUCAUUCAUUCACUGGCAAUUGUAGAAUCGGGUGUUUUGUUUGCCAUGGCCUAUGACCGUUUCAUUGCCAUCUGCACACCACUGAGGUACAGCUCUACUCUUACCAAUUCACAAGUGAUGAACGUAGGACUAGGGAUUGUGAUGAGAGGCUUUGUGGCCAUUGUGCCCCUAAUUCUUUCUCUCUACUCCUACCCAUAUUGUCAUUCCUGUGUUCUCUUGCACACAUUUUGUCUCCACCAAGAUGUCAUGAAACUCGCCUGUGCUGAUAUUACAUUUAAUCGCUUAUACCCAGUUAUUCUGGUUGCUUUGACAUUCUUUCUAGAUGCUCUGAUCAUUUUCUUUUCCUAUGUUCUAAUCCUUAAAACAGUUAUAGGCAUUGCUUCCAGAGGGGAACAAACUAAGCUCAGCACUUGUGUCUCUCAUAUUAGCUGUGUCCUGGUAUUUUACAUCAUUGUAAUCAGCCUGACACUCAUUCACAGGUUUGGAAAACAUGUACCACAUGUGGCCCACAUAACCGUGAGCUAUGUCCACUUUCUCUUCCCUCCCUUCAUGAACCCCGUUAUUUGCAGCAUCAAGACCGAGUGGAUUCAAGGAAGCAUUAUUUGUCUGUUUUCUGGACACAGAAGGGCUUGA